AUGUUCACCUUAACGAUUUACUUGAUUUUCGGAAUGGCUUUAUCAGUUAUAAUCGCCUCAUAUACUUCAAUAAUUCGUGAUUGCAAACGAAAAACAAUAACUAAUACCGGAGAUUCAAAAUCUGAGCCAAUUAGUCGGAAACUAGUUCAGGCACCAGGGCCACGUCCUUGGCCAAUAAUCGGAAACUUAGAUAUACUUGGCCGCUUCAAAAAUCCAUUCAGAGGAUUUGGAACAUUAACUAAACACUAUGGCGAUAUUUACUCCUUGACUCUUGGCCAAACGCGUUGUCUUGUAGUCAAUAACUUAGAUUUAAUAAGAGAGGUACUAAAUAAGAAUGGAAAGUUUUUUGGCGGACGACCUGAUUUCUUACGUUAUCACAAACUGUUUGGAGGUGACCGAAAUAAUUCUCUUGCACUUUGCGACUGGUCACUGCUACAACAAAAACGGAGAAAUUUAGCGAGACGACACUGCUCCCCACGUGAAUCGUCAUCAUACUUCAAAAAAAUGUCGCGUAUUGGAUGCAAUGAAAUUACUAUUUUAAUGCAAAAGUUGAAAACGGUCAUCGAGCCUGGCAAAGCCUUUGAUAUAAAACCUCUUUUGCUUACAGCAUGCGCAAAUAUGUUUAGUCAAUAUAUGUGCUCAAUGCGGUUCGACUAUGAGGAUAAGGAAUUUCAAAAAAUAGUUCACUUUUUUGAUGAGAUUUUUUGGGAAAUUAAUCAAGGGUGCGCAUUAGAUUUUAUGCCAUGGCUUUUACCCUUUUACGCUAAACACACAAAAAAAAUAUGUCAUUGGUCCACCACAAUUCGUAAAUUUAUUUUGGAGCGGGUUAUCAAUCAAAGAGAGUUAAACAUUGAUUUAGACGGACCGGACAUCGACUUCACAGAUGUACUUCUCAAGAGCCUUAUAGAAAAUAAAAACGUGACACGCAACACGAUUAUUUUUAUGCUAGAAGAUUUUAUAGGUGGGCACUCAGCUGUAGGAAAUUUAGUAAUGUUAUCUCUUUCGUAUAUUGCCAAGGACCCUGUUAUUGGGAGCAGACUUCAGUGUGAAGUCGAUUUAGUAUCCAAAAACGGUCAACGUAAUAUUACUCUAUUUGAUAUGGACAAAAUGCCUUAUACCAUGGCAACUAUUUUCGAGGUUUUACGGUACUCAUCUUCUCCAAUUGUUCCACAUGUAGCGACAGAGGAUACACAAAUAUCGGGUUUUGGCGUUACUAGUGGAACCAUUGUAUUCGUUAACAAUUAUGUGCUUAACAUGAGCAAUAAGUACUGGAAGAAUCCUGAUCAAUUUCAACCAGAAAGGUUUUUAGAAGAAAACUUGAACACUGGGUCAAUAUCAUCGAAAUGUAAUAACAAGAGAAGAUGCUCAGAGGAAUCAGAUUCAGGCAUUGAGUUUGAAAAGGAAGCGAUAUUAAAUCAUUCUUCCGAAGAAAAUCCAAAUAUCACGACCAAGAUUGAUGAAAAAACUAUUCACGUGAACGCUGAGCCAAGAAAAUUUCAAUUAAGAAAAAAUAUUCCUCAUUUUUUGCCAUUUAGUAUUGGAAAACGCACUUGCAUUGGCCAAAAUCUAGUGCGUGGGUUUGGAUUUGUUUUGCUAGCCAAUAUUAUACAAAAAUAUAAUAUAAACUGUGCUGAUCUUUCAACAAUUAAGAUUCAACCGGCGAGCGUAGCAUUACCUGCAAUCUGCUUCCCCUUAGUAUUGACACCAAGAAUAUAAUAUUCGGAGGGAACAAAAACUAAUUAAAACAUGCAUUCUUGCUAGCUUAAAUUAUUGUAGCCAUAAGCCUUAUGUAAUAACAUGUAUAAGUAAAAAUAUUCUGGACUUAUUUCGAAUUAUUAGUAAUCCAUGUACACACACUUAAACAUAUUUAAAUAUAUAAUCGAAU